AUGGACCAAGGCGCAUUCCGGCAGCUGCUUGCUGCAGGCGCGCGGCCGCCACAGGGAGCACGCCAAAAGCGCGAUACAAACACAGGGCAGAACAGCCGGCGGAAACAUGCUCCGCGCGCGUUAGGGGAAAAAGUGGGCAGUGCUGUAGAGGCUAUGAAACCACGCAGCGUCCAGCAAACGUCGGGGUACAUGGACCGCGCCGAGAUGCGGCGGCGUGGUAUUGACGUUCCAAUUGACUUGGUGAUGCCGUGCGAGGCGAGCGACAUGGAACAUACAGCCGGGGAUCCAGUGGGCGUGCAAAGUUGCGCGUUGGCGCCGGAAGAGGAAACCGCGGCACAGGCGCGAGGUCUUGAUUUUUCGCUGCUGGAGCGCCAAAAAGCGCGAAUCGCCGAGGUGCAUGCACCGGACGUAGACUUGGAUGCGGCACUGGCCGAAGGUGUGCGUACCAAGCUGGCGGAAGAGCCAAUGGAAGCAAAUGCACUACCGAGCAAGUUUCAGCCGGUGGCGCAGCAUGCCGAGCCGGACGCUGCGCCGGAUGUGAUCUAUGUGAAUGGGAAGCGAAUGCGCAAGAAGAAGAAGUGUGCAGCACAGGAAAAUGGAAUGCGUACUGCAGCAGCUACAGCCGCGCCCACGCCGUCACCGGCGCCGGACCCCACGCCAGUGAUGGACCGCUCCAAGAUCUCCCCACCGUCAGCGCCGGACUCCACGCCAGUGGUGGACCACUCCAAGAUCUCCCCACCGUCAGCGCCGGACUCCACGCCAACGAGCGUUCCUCCACAGCGUCUCCCCGCAGACGACGACAUCUUUGACGACGCCGACGAAUGGAAAGGCAUUUCAGACGACGAGACGCCAGAAGAUGAGAUGCACCCCACCGCCCACACAAUAAAGCCAGACUGGUUUGCUACCCACCCUACAGAAAAAAGCCCCUCGCCAGCGCCGCCCCUCUCUCCCCCGCGCUCACCCUCGCCCUCCCCCGAGCCCAGCCGCCUCGAAGGCCUGAGCACCUCCGCACUUCCUUCUGAACUGAGUCACUGGCUCCUCGAGCGCGAACAGAAGCGCGCAGACCGUCCUCACGACCAUCCUCCACCCCGCCGCAAGCGCCCACGCAGCAAAAAAAACCGCGACAUGGACAGUCCGUAG